CCGAGAGCCUCCUAAAUGACCGCUUCCCCGGCAGGCCAGGGGAACGGGGGAGCUAAAAAUGGAAGCAGACGUCGCCGGCGAGUUCCCGUGCUCUUCCAUAGCCGUCGAAUCCGUCCUUCGAAUCGGUACAGCUGGCUUGAUCUGGGGCGGCUUGACCGCCCACUGUGACGCCGGAAGACAAGGCAUCGCUACUCUUGCUCGGGUGCCGUUCAUAGCUAGAUCAGUUGGUCGUUUUGGCUUUCAAUGGGGGCUCUUUGCUGCAAUCUUCUCCUUCACUCAUUGCGGUAUCCAAAGAUAUCUGAGGAGAGCGGAUUUGUUUAAUGUGGUGGCAGCAAGUGCUGUGGCAGGGACAGUUCUGUGUGGGCCCCGACAAUGGAACCAGGUUGCUGGAAUCACUGCCCUUCUUUGUCUUCUUAACAGCCAGGGUCGAGAGAAGUAACGUGAAACACAUUACUUUAAUGGUGUGUUUGGAAACUUGAAUUUGGAUUUCAAAUCCAGAUUUGAUCCGAAUUACUUGUUUGGGAACUCAAAGAAUUUGGAUUUGGAUUUCGACCAAAUUCUUCUACUUCGUAAUUCAAAAGUUUGUUUUGGGACGGAUGUAGUACUGCUAUACCCCCUCUUUGGUCCAUUCAUGGAACUAGUGAAUAGCUUCAUGGUAGUAAUUGCCCCUGCUAAAAAAUGCAGACAUUGUACCUGUUAUGGUAAUUAAUAGGGCAGCCAUUA